AUGGGACCGGGCUGGCUAAUCAACGGAUAUGAGGUGUUUGGAUGGUCGAUAUCUGGAAACGAGACCUCUAUCGGGGUCGUAAAAGAUGAACUGUUGUUUAGAUUUGAUGUCGGAGCAGCUCCUCUUUGGUGGAAAUGUGCUGAGCACGUAUUCAUAAGACGAAGUCAUGGCCACAUCGACCACAUUGGGGCCAUAUGCCAGCACAUGCGAAAACGUGAGUUGAAUGAUCUUCCACCCGCUGUGUACUACCUUCUGCCACAGCUAGUUGAACCGGUUAAGGAACUAUGUCGAAUAUUCAGCCAACUUCACGGGAGAGAUUUGGAGUGUUUUCAAUGUCCGAAAAUCGUGGCACUUGAACCAGGAUCAUUAAUACAAGUAAUAUUUGGAUGGUCGAUAUCUGGCAACGAGACGUCUGUCGGCGUCCUAAAAGACGAACUACUGUUUAUGUUUGACGUUGGAGCAGCUCCUUUGUGGUCCAAGCGUGCUGAUCACGUGUUCAUAAGUCAUGGCCACAUUGACCACAUUGGAGCAAUAUGCCAGCACAUGCGUAAACGCGAAUUGAAUGGACUCGCUCCAGCUGUGUACUACCUUCUGCCACAGUUAGUUGAACCGGUUAAGGAACUAUGUCGAAUAUUCAGUCAGCUUCACGGGAGGGAUUUGGAGUGUUUUCGGUGCCCAAACAUAGUGGCUGUUGAUCCGGGGUCGUCAAUCCAGAUUAAUGCUUCGUGGUAUGUGGAAAGCUUUGCCACCGACCAUGUCGUCCCAAGUCAAGGCUACAUCCUCUAUCGACAAGCCACUGCACGAGGCCGUCGGAUACCUGAGGUUGCCUACACAGGGGAUACGCGGUUUUCAAUAUUCACGGGGCCUGCGCAUCCGGACCUUCUGCGGGUGAAACUGUUGAUAAGCGAGGCAACGUACCUCGACGACAGCCCUCGGUUGACGGAAAAUGCCCAGAAGUACGGGCACGUGCUGCUUCGCCAGUAUGCUGAAAACGAGCAUCUUUUUCGGGUAAUUGAACUCCUUCCUUUGGCAUUCCUUGGUGGCACGAGUCAGGUCGCAAGUGCGUUUAACCCCUUCUUGCCUGAGGGUGAUCCUCUUGUCUGA